AUGGAGUUCCAUCGAAAAUUUCUCAAUACUAUUCAAUCAUUAUUACCAAUGCAAAUAUUUAUUUGCUAUUGUUUUGUUAUUAGUGGUUUAAUUGUUAAUUUUGUUCAACUUUUAACAUGUAUUUUUAUUUGGCCAUUUAGUAAACAAAUAUAUCGUCGAAUAAAUUAUUGUCUAGGAACAUUAUUAUGGAGUCAAUUAACUUUUCUGUAUUCAUGGUGGUCUGAUUCUAAUGUAACAGUUUAUGUUGAUCCACAAGAUUUAAAACAUCUUCAACAUGAAUAUUCAAUUAUACUUGUUAAUCAUCGAUAUGAAAUUGAUUGGCUUCUUGGAUUAGUAGUUGCACAAGAACUUGGUAUACUUGGAGGUUUAAAAAUUGUUGGAAAACGUUCACUUAGUUUAAUACCAAUUCUUGGUUGGUCAUGGUUUUUUUCUGAAUCAAUUUUUUUACGUCGUAUUUGGGAAAGUGAUAAGAAAGUAUUAGAACAUGAUAUUCAACAACUUCUUAAUGGUUAUCCAGAUAAUUAUUAUUUUAGUUUUUUGAUGGCUUGUGAAGGUACACGAUUUACAGAACCAAAACGAUUAGAAAGUAUGAAAUAUGCACGAGAGAAAAAUUUACCAGAAUUAAAAUAUCAUAUAUUACCACGAACAAGAGGCUUUACAAUGAUUAUGCAAGGAGCAAAAGGAAAAAUACCAGGUAUUUAUAAUUUUAUGCUUGGCUUUUCAAAGGAUGGUGCUUCACCAAUAUUUCGUACAUUACUCAAAGGACAUUCGUGUAAAGCUCAACUUUAUAUCAAACGAGUUCCUACAUCACAAAUUCCAUAUGAAGAUGAUGCAACAUGUGGUGAAUGGAUACAUAAACUUUUUCAAGAAAAGGAUCGUAUUUAUGAUCAUUUUGUUCAACAUGAUAAUUUUGAUGGUCUUGGUGUACCAGAAGUACCUGUUGUUCGAAAUUAUUCUGAUCUUUUAAUUGAAAUUUUUUGGAUUGUUACUAUUGGUAUUCCUUCGUUGGUUUGGUUUGGUAAAUUUAUCUUUCAUAGUACAUUAUUUGGAAAAAUCAUAUUUGCAUUGAUUAUUCUCAUGAUUUAUGUGAUUGUACAAUUAAUGAUUAAUAUGUCGGUAAUUAGAAGUGAUGUAAAACAUCUAUUAGCAAAAGUCUUUCCACAUCUAUCUGUAGAUAUGCUUUAG